AUGCUUGAAGAUGAUAUAAAAAUGUCUAAAAUGGGGAGGGAAAAAUGUGACGAGCCUCUCAUCUCUGGUCUUCCCCAUGUGUACUUCAGCAGCUCUUCCUCCCUGUCCAGCAGCUAUGCACCUGGCUAUGCCAAGAUCAAUAAACGAGGAGGUGCUGGGGGAUGGUCUCCAUCAGACAGUGACCACUAUCAAUGGCUUCAGGUUGACUUUGGCAAUCGGAAGCAAAUCAGUGCCAUUGCAACCCAAGGAAGAUACAGCAGUUCUGAUUGGGUGACACAAUAUCGAAUGCUCUACAGUGACACAGGGAGAAACUGGAAACCCUAUCAUCAAGAUGGCAAUAUCUGGGCCUUUCCGGGAAAUGUGAAUUCUGACAGUGUGGUCCGGCAUGACCUGCAGCAUGCAGUAGUUGCCCGUUACGUGCGCAUUGUGCCCCUGGACUGGAACGGAGAAGGUCACAUAGGCCUGCGUGCGGAAGUCUAUGGCUGCGCCUACUGGGCUGACGUUAUCAACUUUGAUGGCCAUGUUGUGUUACCGUAUCGAUUCAGAAACAAGAAGAUGAAAACACUCAAAGAUGUUAUUGCUUUGAAAUUUAAGACUUCUGAAAGUGAAGGAGUACUUUUGCAUGGUGAAGGACAGCAAGGGGAUUACAUUACUUUGGAACUGAAAAAAGCCAAGCUGGUCCUCAGUUUAAAUUUAGGAAGCAACCAGCUUGGCCCCAUCUAUGGCCACACAUCUGUGACAUCUGGAAGCCUGCUGGAUGAUCACCAUUGGCACUCAGUACUCAUCGAGCGCCAGGGACGCAGCAUUAACCUGACCCUGGACAGGAGCAUGCAGUAUUUUCGCACCAAUGGAGAGUUUGACUACCUGGACUUGGACUAUGAGAUAACAUUUGGAGGCAUACCUUUCUCUGGCAAGCCAAGUUCCAGUAAUCGGAAGAGCUUUAAGGGCUGCAUGGAAAGCAUCAACUACAAUGGUGUCAAUAUUACCGAUCUUGCCCGAAGAAAGAAAUUAGAACCAUCAAAUGUGGGGAAUCUGAGUUUCUCUUGUGUGGAGCCCUACACAGUACCCGUCUUCUUCAAUGCUACAAGCUACCUGGAGGUACCUGGCAGGCUUAAUCAGGACCUGUUUUCAGUCAGUUUCCAGUUUAGGACUUGGAACCCCAGCGGUCUCUUGCUCUUCAGUCACUUUGCAGAUAACUUGGGAAAUGUGGAGAUUGACCUUGUGGAGAGCAAAGUGGGCGUCCACAUAAACACCACACAGACCAAGACAAGCCAAAUCGACAUCUCUUCAGGCUCUGGGCUGAAUGAUGGGCAGUGGCAUGAGGUUCGCUUCCUGGCCAAGGAAAACUUCGCAGUCCUCACCAUUGAUGGAGAUGAAGCAUCAGCAGUUCGAACCAAUAGUCCUCUUCAAGUGAAGACUGGCGAGAAAUACUUCUUUGGAGGAUUUCCGAACCACAUGAACAAUGCCAGUCACUCUGCCCUUCAGCCCUCAUUCCAAGGAUGCAUGCAGCUCAUUCAGGUAGAUGACCAGCUUGUGAAUUUAUAUGAAGUAGCCCAGAGGAAGCCAGGAAGCUUUGCCAAUGUCACCAUUGACAUGUGUGCCAUCAUAGACAGAUGUGUGCCCAAUCACUGUGAGCAUGGUGGGAAGUGCUCGCAAACAUGGGACAGCUUCAAAUGCACUUGUGAUGAGACAGGAUACAGCGGGGCCACCUGCCACAACUCCAUCUACGAGCCCUCCUGUGAAGCAUACAAACACCUUGGCCAGACAUCAAAUUACUACUGGAUAGAUCCUGAUGGCAGUGGACCACUGGGGCCUCUGAAGGUUUAUUGCAACAUGACAGAGGACAAGGUGUGGACCAUAGUGUCUCAUGACUUACAGAUGCAAACGACAGUGGUAGGCUACAACCCAGAAAAGUACUCUGUGACCCAGCUCAUCUACAGUGCCUCCAUGGACCAGAUCAGUGCCAUCACCAGCAGCGCCGAGUACUGUGAACAGUAUGUCUCCUACUUCUGCAGGAUGUCCAGGUUGUUGAACACCCCAGAUGGAAGUCCUUACACCUGGUGGGUUGGCAAAGCCAAUGAGAAGCACUACUACUGGGGAGGUUCAGAGCCUGGAAUUCAGAAGUGCGCCUGUGGUAUUGAGCGCAACUGCACAGAUCCCAAAUACUACUGCAACUGUGAUGCGGACUACAAACAGUGGAGGAAGGAUGCUGGCUUCUUAUCCUACAAAGAUCACCUGCCAGUGAGCCAGGUGGUGGUUGGAGAUACUGACCGACAAGGCUCAGAAGCCAAGCUGAGUGUGGGUCCCCUGCGCUGCCAAGGAGACAGAAAUUAUUGGAAUGCUGCUUCCUUCCCAAAUCCAUCCUCCUACCUGCACUUCUCUACCUUCCAAGGGGAAACAAGUGCUGACAUUUCUUUCUACUUUAAAACAUUAAUCCCCCGGGGAGUAUUUCUGGAAAAUCUGGGGAACACAGACUUCAUCAAGCUGGAGCUCAAAUCUGCCACAGAAGUUUCCUUUUCGUUUGAUGUUGGAAAUGGGCCAGUGGAGGUCGUGGUGAGGUCACCUUCUCCUCUCAAUGAUGACCAGUGGCAUCGAGUCACUGCAGAGAGGAAUGUCAAACAGGCCAGUCUCCAGGUGGAUCGCCUACCCCAGCAAAUCCGAAAAGCCCCAACUGAAGGUCACACCCGCCUGGAACUCUACAGCCAGCUGUUUGUUGGUGGUGCUGGGGGCCAGCAGGGCUUCCUGGGCUGCAUCCGCUCCUUGAGGAUGAAUGGAGUGACACUGGACUUAGAAGAAAGGGCAAAGGUCACAUCUGGGUUCAAAUCUGGAUGCUCAGGCCACUGCACCAGCUAUGGGGCUAACUGUGAAAAUGGAGGCAAAUGCAUCGAAAAAUACCAUGGCUACUCCUGCGACUGCUCUACCACAGCCUAUGAUGGGACAUUCUGCAACAAAGAUGUUGGUGCCUUUUUUGAAGAGGGCAUGUGGCUGCGCUAUAACUUCCAGGCCCCAGCAGUCACUGCCAGAGACACAGGCAGCAGGGCUGAGAAUUCUGCAGACCAGCAGCACUUGCCUCCAGACCUGGCCCAGGAGCAGAUCCACCUCAGCUUCAGCACUACCAAGGCACCCUGCAUCCUGCUCUACGUCAGCUCCCUCACCACCGACUUCCUAGCUGUGCUGAUCAAGCCCACAGGAAACCUGCAGAUCCGGUAUAACCUGGGAGGAACCAGAGAGCCAUUCAAUGUUGAUGAAGACCACAAGAACAUGGCCAAUGGACAGCCGCACAGUGUCAACAUCACCCGGCAUGAGAAGACCAUAAUUCUCAAGGUCGACCAUUAUCCUGCUGUGGGUUACCAUUUACCCAGCUCCUCUGAUACGUUCUUCAAUUCUCCCAAGUCCCUCUUCCUUGGAAAAGUUAUAGAAACGGGGAAAAUCGACCAAGAAAUUCACAAAUACAACACCCCAGGCUUCACGGGCUGCCUGUCCAGAGUCCAGUUCAACCACAUUGCCCCUCUCAAGGCAGCCUUGAGGCAGACAAACGCCUCGGCCCACGUGCACGUUCAGGGCGAGCUGGUGGAGUCCAACUGCGGGGCCUCCCCACUGACGCUUUCCCCCAUGUCUUCGGCCACUGACCCUUGGCAUCUAGAUCACUUGGAUUCAGCCAGUGCUGAUUUCCCAUAUAACCCGGGACAAGGCCAAGCUAUAAGAAAUGGAGUCAACAGAAACUCAGCUAUCAUUGGAGGGGUCAUUGCUGUGGUGAUUUUCACCAUCCUCUGCACCCUGGUCUUCCUCAUCCGGUACAUGUUCCGUCACAAGGGCACCUACCAUACCAACGAGGCCAAGGGAGCGGAGUCAGCUGAGAGUGCAGAUGCCGCCAUCAUGAACAACGACCCCAACUUCACAGAGACCAUUGACGAGAGCAAAAAAGAGUGGCUCAUUUGA